AUGCCAUACGACCCGUCCCUCCCGCCGCCAGAGGUCAACGUCCUCCUGCUUGGAGACGAGGAAGUCGGCAAAUCAACCUUCCUAUCGCGCCUCUCCCUCGGCAUCCGCCCGCACAACGAUGACCUCCCACCGUACUCAUUACCCCAGCUACGGGAUAGUGACCAGCCCUUCACUUUCAAUAUCUCCCUCUACAAUCGCGCCUACACACUCGCCUUCUCCGACACCGCCUCGCCUACGUCCUACACGCUCCUCCGUCCCGACUUCAUAGUCCUGUGCUACGAUAUAUCGCAACGAAAGACGUUAGAGUCACUACGUACGCGAUGGUUGCCCAUUGUCAACAGCCAUUUCAACUAUGAUGAGGCGCUGCCUGUCAUGGUGCUGGGGCUGAAGCGAGACUUGCGCAGGGAGUGGACGGAGGAAGAGAAAAAGGAUGGUGGGAGAGGGGAGUGCGUCAUGCCGCAGGAGGGGUUGGGGCUGGCGACUGAGAUGCUGUGUGAUCGUUAUGCAGAGUGCAGCGCCGAAACGGGAGAGCUGUGUAAGGAGGUACUGGAAGAUGUGGCUAGGACGAGCGCGAAGACUACGACUGAGAAUGGUGCGAAAACCCAGGGGAGCCAGUUGUGCUGUCAUGUGAGCGUACGCGAGAGCAUUUUGGUACGUGUUGCAUCAUGA